CUUUCACGGUAAUGGCACAGAACAACAAUCUUUUAGUAGCAAGAGCUCUUGGUAAGAGAAAAAAAUAGAUUUUAUAGCAUCUAAUAACAAUGAAUUUGAAUUUUAAGACUGGCAUGUCUAGAAGACUAUUUAAUGGUGGAUUGAAUUGGCACAUUCAGUUCUCUUUGAACCGAGAACAAAUAACUUUCCCAAAAAUACGUGUAUUAUUAUAAUUCUUGUGUUUCUUCGGGCAUUGGACUUAAAUAUCCAUUAUAAAUUCUACUGAUUUUGUUAAAAUACACACUUUUGAUGAUUUUUAGCCUAUAAAACCUCAGAAUGCAAGGCCAAUUACACACAUUCUUCAAACAAGCCUGGCUCGUUUUACUCGUUUGCUCUGUCAUAUCAUACAAGCAAGUUCUCCACUGCCGAACUGGACAGGCUAUCACAUACAUUCUCUCCUCGUUAUUUGUAUUCACUGACCUGAGCCACCAACGCUCAUCAUUCAAACAAUUCAUCCCUUGUUCUUGUCACUCGCCGAGAAGCCACCAAAGCUAAGCGCCCAGAAUGGCCCCAUGUCGUGUGUAGUUACUCUCUUUUUAACAUUUCUUUCUAGCUUCCUCAGUGAAAACACUCUUAGGACCAAAUAACAGGUAAAUACUUCAUUAAUUCUUACUGAAAGGUAUUAAUUGUGUGACUACAUAGCUACUCAAAGCUUAUCUUCCAUGUGCUCAGUUAUUGGGAACUGCUCAAAGAACACAGCACAGGAAAAAUGGGAAACUACUUGUUGGGAAGAAAAAUAAAACAUUCUCCAAUGCCAGUCAAAAUGUUUUACAGUAGUAGGCAGGAUAACCACAGAAGCAGGCAGCAGGCCUAAAUUUGUGUGGUUGUUAUUUAAUAUUACUAAACUGGAGAGUUGAUUAGACGUCAAUGAAAUAUUCCAGUGAAAACAUCAAAAUUACCGCUUGAUGGCUCAUUUUGACUCGGCUGCUCUCCUAGAUCUCUUUCUCUUUCUUUCCUCUCUUUGCUACUCAUUUUGUGCCCAUCUCUGCUAUCAGGAUACCUGGUAGAUACCUAAAGCAUGUUGGACAAUAGUGUGUGACAUGAUAUUGCCCAAGGAGACUCAAAAUGACAAUGAUAAUGAUGAUGUUCAGCUAUAAACUGAUCAAAAAAGGAGGUGCUCAGUUAAUUAGAGCCAAGUGGUCAGAGUGCUGGCAAUCUGGAGGUCCAAAGUUGAAUAUCCAUCCAGACUGAUACUGGCCAAUGGUUUGUGUCCUGCCAGUUGGGAUUCUUAAACUUGGUUUGUUUCACUUGAAAUAUUUGUCUCAGUUCUGUGUUCCUAGUGGAUCCUGUGCUGCUUCCUCCUUUUUGUUUAUCUGUCUUGUGUUUCUGUCUUUAAUUUGCCAUUUGUUUUUUUUUUAAAUUUGCUGAUGAAAUAAAUCAGUAAUCAUGAAGAUUAAAAAAAAUGAAUUGUAAAGUGUGAGCCUUGAGUCAGAAUCCUAGUGCCUCUUUUUUUGUGGGAUUUUAAGAUGCAUAACAACUGAUCAGUAAUUAAAUUUUCAGACCCUGUGCCCCCAUGGUCUGCCUGUUGUAAAUUAGAAGCAAUUCCUUUUCUUUCCAGUUCUAAAUGCUGUACUGACAGUGAUGGCAAUACUGUUAUCUGUAGCAGCGCGUCCAAGCUUUUGCAGCUUGUUGAUGUCCAGGUUGGAAGUUCAGUAUCUGUUUUUUAAUAUUAGAUUAAUACCUUCAGACAUGCCUUCAGUUCAAAACCUUUUCAAAUUUCUGGUACAUGAUGUAUAUACUGUCUUUAAGGGGGGUGUAUAAUACAAGUAAAUUUAUACCAACAUUAUUCAGUGAACUCUCUCAACCAAACAUAUAACUGAGUAUGUAAAGCAUUAGAGAGUGAAUUUCUUUCAAUUCUUUACAAGUGAAUUUUACACGUGAGACUGGUAUAUUUUCUAGGUUUUACCCUUUUUUUCCUUUUUGGUUUUUAACCUAAUUAUAAGAAUUCUGGCAGGGAGGGAAAACAUUUUUCUUUACCACUGAACAUUUCUUAGCUCUAAGCUGGAGUCAUAAUGACCUCUUGCAGAAAUUCCUAGGAGUCAUGGGUAGAUUUUUUGGCAUAAAAAUGCCAAAAUUGUAAAUCCUGCCUUUCUAAGACAGAGAGUAAUGAAGUUGUCUUUUUGUGUUCUCUUUAGUUCAGGAGGCUGUACAUUAUAAUAUCAAUUUUUGUUAUCAUCUCUGUUUUUAGCAUCCAGCUGGGUUUGUUAUCAAUGAUGCUUGCCAGGGUCAGUAUAAGAAGUAUGGAACAAACUGUAAGACUCUUGUCUGUAUGGCUGGCUUCUGGAGUAAGGCUGCACAAGACUUGCAAGAUCAGGUGAGGGACUGAAAAUAAAUAAUGGCAGGGUAACUGUCUGUUUUAGUGUUUUAAAUGUACAGUUAGGCCUUUACGGUAUAUGUGUUAAUGUUGAAGGGACAAUAAAGCAGUUCUAAGGAGUAAAGGAAAAAACAAAACAAAACAUAAAAACCCCAAAGAGACAAAAGGAUAACAUGUAUUUUUAACAGAACAGGAAGUGGAGUUUUAAGAGCAAAUGUGUUUUAAACUAAAGACAGACAUUUGUUACUGAAAUAAGGUUUUGAUUAAGGCUCUACUCUCACAUCCUCACUCUGUUAUUGUUUACCAAGAAAGCAACUGAGAAGGAAGGAAUAAACGGAAAGGAAAAUGGGACUGGGAAGUUAAACCCAUUUGUCAUUUCCACUAUGUUUCGUAGGGUGCAAUCAUCGAAGCCUUAUUUUUCUGUUGAUGUCGUGGUUAUUUUGUUUUUGCAUAUUAAUUUUAUUGCAACUUUGUAUGUAAAUUGAUUCUGUAAUAGUAUAUAUAUUUUUUGCUGCAGAGGGUGAGAGUUAAUUUAUAGUGAUAAAUUUAAUCUCCACAGUGCCUGUCUUCUGCCCUCGUAACAAGUCUCUUUCAAUAUCAUUAUCUACCAUACUGCCUUAUUCUUUAGGGUGUUCCCUGUCCAAUCAUCGUCCAGCUUUUUGAUGACGCCCUUGAAGCUUGUGAGGAUGUUUGUCAAGAAUUGUCGCUUCCACUUAUGGAAGCCUUACGAGAUCCCCAUAAUGCCCAACAGACUGCUGAAAAUGUACAUACUGUCAGAGUGCGUGAAAAUGCCACAGGUUCUGCAACGGGUGACGGUGAUUUAGGUGGUGAGUCAGGCAAGGUUUGUGUUGUUGGUGAGGGUGGUGGACAUGCUGAUAGAAACUCUGAUGGGGAGGAUGAUAAUAUUUCAUGGUAUUUUGAUGGUCAUAUUCCAGGGCCUGAUGGUCAUGUCCCAGGGAUAGAUGAUGUUGCUCAGGGGUUAAGUGACCAUAUCCCUGGGGUUAUAAAUCAUAUCCCAGGGAUAGAUAAUCUUGCCCAGGGGGUAAAUGUCCACAUCCCACAAGUGAUAAGUCAUCUCCCAGGCGCCAAUGGGAUUGUGGACAUGGAAAAUGUGGAUGAUUCACACUCAGUCUCAAAGACACUACUUCACAGCAAGGUACCGAAACGAAAAUGGGCUAGCAAGAAAGAUGAUCUUUCUCCUGACUUAAGCAGUGUUGACUGGGUGGUCAGUAGCGAAAAGAGCCAUGGAAGGAUAUUGCCUGAAGUAGAAUACAGUAGCUUAAUGGAUUGCUUGAGAGACAGAAGUAGACAUGUCACGCGUAUGACGUCGACUUCGGGUAACUGUGACAGCUUAGAUAAAGUACAGAAAAUUACGGAUAAAGAUGCAUUCGUGGGUGAAAGGGAAAACAGAGAAAGGUUGUCAAACUCAAGAAAAAAGGUUUAUGGAAAACCGCUUACAAAAACUGCACAGCAUAUGGGAUGCAUAAGUACUGCUUUAUAUCCAAAAAGCGCAAGCAAAGACGACGAGGAAGAUGAAUUUGAAGCGUCUUUUGUGGAAGCUGUUUCAAAUUCGAGCAAAAGCACUCUUCACUCAUAUUCUCAGGGUCUUCUUUUCAAUAACACCUCAGGAUCAGAACUGAAAAAUCUUGGAAAUGAAGUAACAAAACUAUCAGUAGAAGAGAAGCGUAAUGAUAACUCCUUUACCGUCGGUGAGAGUAAAUCAAUUGCAGCCGAGGCACGAGAAAAAGAAACAGGCCCAAACGUUCAAUCCAAGCCAAAAUCUUCAAGGAGUGUUAAGACGAAGCUUCUGGAUUCACAACAGCUGCCUUCUUCAGGACGCACGGACAAAGAAAUUACUGACAGAUUGCUUUUUUUGGUGACGCAGAAGCUAGAGAGCAAGGGAAAGGCAGCUAGAACACAGUUCAAAUUGUCUGAAAUUUAUAAAGGAAGUCGACAUUUUAUAAGCAGUUCAGAGGAGUCAGUUCUAGCGGCGUCGUCUUCUUCGAGAAUGACUCGUUUAAACCAAACUACAGACAUUUUGCCGCAUGGAGAUUUCUCAGCAAAAAGUUCAACCGAUAAACAAGGGCGGACAGGAGUACAAAAUAUGGUGCUGUCAACGCCAUUAAGACCUAAUCUAUCAGAAGAAAAAUCAGAAAACGUUUUAAACGGAAAAACAACUGUACAGUCAACGACUAGGACCUUUCAACCAGGAAAAGUAGAUUCUCAAUACUCAACUUUUGCGAAAAAAUUUCUUGAAAAAAACACAAGUCAGUCAGAAACGACUUCAGAUUCCAAAGAGAAGGAAAAAUGUUUGGGUAGUAACGAGGAGUUAUUAACACGUCUUGGUGAUCGCAUGGCUCAUGGGAAACAGCUAGAAAUGAAACUAGCAGUGGAAAUUAUCACUUCUCUCAUUAACUCUUCAGGUAAAGCUUCGCUCCAAGAAUUCGAGAUUCAUUUGAAUAUGAUUCACACAGAGCUGAUCUUUGGUCCACCAAGUUCUUUUUCCCAAACAGUCGAUGGUCUGUUACUGGAAAACACAACUAAAUUUCAAUUUUCAACUAUUGUAUCAGGCUCCCAACGUUUCAUCGCGUUAGUUAAUGGUGACGUCACAGCGGAUUUUCGCCAUACUGGCUUAAACAAAGAAGUACAGAUUCACAGAAUUAUUGAGCACAAAGAAUUUAAAGACACUUUUUCCACUCAGGAGGAAUAUUGGAAUCAACGUAAUACAAGCUCUCUUAGGGACCAUAAAAUUGGGGUCCUUGUCGCUAAAGGAAUCGUUCAAGAUUCUAUCCUAGACUAUUGUUUGUCCCAUAACAUUGUAGUUCUCCAAAACGUAGCAUAUCCAACUCUUCAACUUCUCUCCUUUGCUACCGGCUCCGUCAUGGUGACGUAUUUGGCUGAUUUGAGGGAGAAGGAUAUCGGAAGGCCCGUUACCAUAGAUACCUGGGAGCUUGGCUGGACACCUUUAGUAGUGAGACAAAGCAAGGUGGAAAGUGGUAAUUCUUGCGACGUCAGGAAACUACAGUUUGUGCUUAUAAAAGAAUUCAAAAUAGAAAAUGGUACCUUUGAAGGUAAGCUCGCGUUCGGUUAUGACACUAUGACUCUUAAGUUCAGAACUCAGUCAACAAUUACGCCUUUGCCGCAGUCAUUAGGGGAGGGAUAUUAUUAAAAAUUAGAUUGCCGAGAGUCUUCUGAUAAUAAAGUCACAUAUGUAACACGCAUCCCGCAAAAAAUGGCGAGUAAAAAGCUUGCCCAGUCGCUAAACGUCAUAAUUCCACGCGACUUAUUUAUUUCGGCCUACGUGGUUUGAGUGCACGUCACCGAAAUGCAUGACCGCGAAAGGUCUGGAAAGUCACCGCACUGGGACCAGGCAAACAGUAAGCGGUUGUCAGAAAUAACACUGAGUUCAAAUUAACAAACGUCUCUACAUGUAUCUUUGUCAUAAGAAAGAGCACUAGUAUUUGAUAUACUAAGAUAUACGAAAGACCACUCGUAAGGUCAUGGUGAAACUGUGAUAAAUUCAUUACUGUGAAAGAGUGAAAUUAAGCGAUAUUAACUCUAUUAAUUCUCUCAAAAGAUAUUAACAGCCCGCUUCAAACUGUGCUACUCUGUGGUCCAUGUAAAGAUCAUGUCUGUGACGCAGAACACCGCUUCUGGAAUUCUAUUCAUCGCUUGAAGAACGCCCUCGCUUGUGGCCGAGUGCUGCCUGGGGCCGGAGCACCGGAAAUUGCUUGUAUUCGACGACUGAAUAAAUUAGCAGGUUCGUAUAGCUACCAGUCUCCUGCGAAACACCGCAGAAACCAGCGACUCCUUUUGCUGCACAACCUGAUUUAGGGGGGCGGUUUAUGAGGCAACUGAUUUGUUCUUGUUUUCACAGGUCAACAGAAGUCACGCAGUUCUCUACCAGGAUGGUUGGACGGGAGCUUGGAAGUUUUUAGGCCGUUGGUGUACUCUGCAUUUGCUGAGGGAUUUAAAGACUAUUUAGGAAGUGUCGUUCAUAAUUCAGGAACAUUAACCAUACCCUCCGGAGUUUCAGCCUAUAUUGAGGAAUUAAUUACCGCGGGAUUCUCUUUAGACUUUCUAUUAAAUACUGAGGAGGAGAAAUCGGUGAACACCCUGAAUGAUAUCGAGGCACAAAACGCGUGCGGACACCCGAGAGCUAAUGUCAAAGAUUUCGCCGCGGCGUCCGGUUCCAUGACUGGCGCUAAAGCGGGAGUAGGGGCUCCGAUUCACUCUGGAAAAUUAUUCCAUAAGGUAGAAAUACCGCUUGUAUGGGAUGAUUAUUCCGCAAAGAGAGAAGCAUGGAAAAGAGCUCUUGGUGUCGUAAGAAUACUGUUACAAUCGGACAAGUUGAUCAAGACUGGGCUGGAAAGCAAUUCUCUUGAAGCGGAUAUAUUAUGA